ACAUACUUCCACAAUCCCUCAGAAACACGAGCUCGCACUGAACCAAUCUAAAACGCCGAGAGAAAUCGAUUUAAACGCCAUAUUUUUAAAAAUAUUAUUUCUCGCGGGCGACAUGGCGUUCGGAAACCUCUUCGUCCUCGGCUUCGUCUUCGUUUGUUUGCGGAGUGUGUCUUGUUUGCCAAGGAAUGUUGCACCUUCGUUCCUCGAAGUCGGAAGUUGUGCUUCGAUCUCGCUCAUGGAAGGCUUCGAAUCGGAGAAGUACCUCGGCACUUGGUACACCAUAAGCAGUGUUCCCAACUCCUACAUACCUGUCAAGAAAUGUAUGACAGACACUGUUACCAUGCAGGAUAUAGAUAUGGAAAUUGUAACGAAGGGAUUUGGUGAAGACGACAGCCCGCAGAGUUCAGAGGCCGUUCUUUCAGAGGUGGUGCCGUUCAACCCUUUCGAGGAGCCGUUCUUGCAGCUUCAAGCCAGCCUCGUGCCGCCUGUCCCCUACCACAUCGUCGAGACGGAUUACACUUCCUACUCCUGCGUGUACUCCUGCUUCGACCUGCUGAAUAUCCGAGCCGAGCUAUUCUUCAUUCUCUCGAGGACGCCUGAGAUUUCGCCCGAGACCAAGCAGCGGUGCCUCGACCUCUUUGAAGAAAAGGACGUCGACACGGGGAAGCUCGUUGAGAUGCAGCAAGAGGGGUGUCCGCGAGAGGAUGAGGGGGUGGAGGAGGAGGAGGAGGAGGAGGUCGUGGAGGCUGAGGAGGUCGCCGAGGAGGAGGUCGAGGAGCGAGAUGAGGGACAGGAGGUUGAGGUGACUGAGGAUGGUGUGGAUGCUCUUGGGGUCUUGCAGAACGCAGAUGAGAUUCCUGGGGGUCCCGGACGAAUGGAUUCUGAAGUUCGGAAAGACGCCUCCGCUGAUGGUUCCACUGAGGUCGAAGGACAGGACUUGGAGAAUGGCAAGGACUCUUCUGCAAGUGAGGCAGGGGAUCGUGGAGACGCUGUGAUAUCUGUUGAUUUGAAGGGUUGCGUUGAGGAGGCCGAUUCUGAAUUAAAGGGAGACGGCAAUGAUAGUCCUGUAAAUACACAAAGGAAAGAUGAAAGAUACAUAUCAGAAGAGGAAUACGGGCUCUCCGUCCUCGAGGAAGCCGAAGAUUUCGUCCAGGAAAUCGAAGAAGAUGUCGCCAGAGCAGUGGACAUCGUCGAAAACUCGGCUACGAAGCUGAUCGAAGAGACGUCGGAGAUCUUGGAAAUUCACGGGAAAGACGUCAAGAAAACCUCGCUCGAGAUUGACGAGCGCACGCGCAUACAGGGGAUCGAGGACGGAGAUCACUACAAUUCUUCGAGUCCCCCUCUCUCACUUCCCACAGCAGCCUCGGUGACUUUUGCUGCUCUCUGUCUCUUCCUUUAUCGCUAGAUUCUUUUCAUGAACAGUACCUUAAAAAUGGUGGGACGUGCCAUAAAAAUGACUGUGACUCGUGACCUGAUGCUGACACUCAGUGCUUCAUAGAGACUAGUGUCUUAGAGGAAUCAUCAGUAGUAGCUUUUGCUGACUCACGAGAUUCACUGAAGACGUUUAGGGAGAACCGCUAAUUCUGUGGGCGAAAUAGAGGCCUUUGAAUGACAUCCACAUGAAUGGUGUGGACGGAUUUUGGAUUUCACUUUACGCCGUAGUAAUUUACUAUAGAUUCAUUGUUACAUGCAGGCGACUGCAUUCGAUUCUAUUACCUUAUACAAUUGUAAAUAUUGCAUUCAUAUCUCUUAUAUCUAUUUAUAGUAUCAGAUCUGAUUUCUAUACUAUGACUUUAAAAAAAAUAAAAGAGUCGUUAGGAAUGUUGCAUCUGUGCUUUUUUUGUGCGUGUGUAUUACGCAUGGUAUGUGUGUGUUAGGGAAAGAGAGAGAGAGAGAGAGAGAGAGACAGACAGACAGAGAGAGAGAGAGAGAGAGAGAGAGAGAGACAGACAGAGAGAGAGAGAGAGAGAGAGUGAUAUCGUAGUCUCCCCUGAAAUGUAGAUAUAUCAUAGUCUCCUGAAAAUCACCUAGUCACCAAUUUCUGGUUUACUAAUAAAUACUAUUGAUAUAUGUACUUCUUAAAAUAUAUUCUCUUUUUAUGUUUAACAGACAAAUGUUUAUUUACAUAGUUAUGUUACAAAAAUACUUGUAAGUCCUCAGCAUUCUCAGGAAAUUAAAUAAAAUAAGACAUUAGAA